AUGAUCAACAGUUUUAGUGUGGCAGGUGCGGGCGCAGGUGCUGCGGCUGCUGCUGCGACUAAGCUACAUUUCAAUUGCAACAAGAAGAGCAAUAGUAACAACAACAACAACAGUAGUAAAAUCAUGCCAGCAGCAACAAAUGAGCACAAAAACCACAAUUUAAUCAACAGUGCCAAUCCAGCAACACCAGCAGGAGCAGCAGCAACAACAGCAAUUGCAACAGCUGCAACAACAACUACCACUGCGAAAAAGUUUAAAUUAACAUACAGCGAAGUUGAUACAAAGCAUUAUUUAAUGAAUUUACCACAUUUAAUGGGCUAUCCACAGCAACAAGAACAGCAUCAGCAACAAGAACAGCAGCAACAAAAGCGAAACGCCGUACUCAUUUUGCCUGGCAAAGCAAAUACCUCAUCAACAAUCACCAAAGAUUCGCAGUUGAAACAUGUCAAUCUACAGUCCAAUAGCAACAAUAUGCAGCAGAAGAUUGCAACAACAACAACAGCAUUAGCCAAAAGUGUCUUAGAUGGCUGGACAAUGCCACAGCAGCAACAACAACAACAACCACAAAGAACUGAAGACCAAGAAAAUGCCUUUCGCCAAAUCGAGGAUGUGCACAACUAUGCCAAGCUGCAGCAUCAGCAACAGUAUCAUCAUCACAAUCAUCACCAGCCACAUCAUCCGCAUCUGCACAGCAGCAGCAGUGAUGAACUGGAAGAUGAUGAAGAGGACGAUUUCGAUGACGCUGAUGAUGAUGACGAUGACAGGGAGGGUGCGCGGGGCGAGCAAAUAGCAAAAUUGCAUAAGUUACGGAAGCAAAGCCGUGUAAAUGUGCCUAAUAAUCUAAAUGAUGACGAUUCCGAGGAGCAUGUGGAAGUGGAUGUUGUAACUGUUACACCAACAUCAAAUGCAGCCACAACAGCCUCAGCAGACGCUGCAACAGCAACUGGAACACCAACAGUAGCAGCGGUAACAGCAGUAAAGGAACAGGAAUCAGAGCAGCAACAGUUGUCAUCAAAGGUCGAUCAAGAUAAUCUGCGACCGGAGCAUCAUGCACGUCGACCCAUGAACGCAUUUCUUAUAUUUUGUAAAAGGCAUCGCGCCAUUGUCAAGGAGCGCUACAAAUCAUUAGAGAAUCGGGCAAUUACGAAAAUACUUGGUGACUGGUGGGCCGCAUUAGACGAGCAGGAGAAGCAGUGCUUUACCGAUCUGGCGCAACAGAAUAAAGAUGCCUUUUUCAAUGCCAAUCCCAAUUUUAAAUGGUACAAACUACCCGCUCCGCCGCUGCGCACGCUAGCCACACGUCCCAGCAAUGCGGCAAGUGGACAUCAAAAUGAGGAGCAGCAACAGCAACACCAACAACAACAACAACAGCAGCCGCCCCUUCACUGGCAACCCACGGAAAUGGCACACAUGUUGCGUCGCAAUCUAUUCAAGUUCGCAGAUGAGACUCAAAUGGGCGAGCUGAGCGCUUUGCUGAGCAGCAAUACGAGCAAUGUUCAAGAUAAGGAUUAUGCGCUGCAGCAGGCGCUCAGCGAGACGACGCAAUUCAUGAGCGCGCAUAUGCCCGGCAACAACAACAACAACAAUAACAAUAAUAUUAACAAUAAACGCUCAGCGGAUAGCGCGAGCAAUUCGAGCGAGGAAGAGGAUCGAAGCGCAUGCACAACCUCCAAGAAGCUGAAAACGUCACGCAGUUGCAAGGGCAAAAUCUAUCAGGAGCUAUUCAAUUCGGGCCAACUGGCGGCCAUAGCCAAGAAGAGCAAAUGCCGUCUGAACAGCGGCGGCAGCAACAAUAGCAACAGUAACAGCAAUAGCAACAGCAUCACCGAUGGCAACAGCAAUACGCCGCCCAUUUCGCCAAUAGCUGCAUCAACAGCAACAACAGCUGAUGGCCAACUGUUGCAGCUGGAUGGAACAAUGCGUGGCACGUCCAACAGGCACGGCAAUUGCGAUGCCCAAGAGUUUGAUUUAGAGGAGAAGAUCAAGGAGUUGCCAGCUCUUAGUCUGGAUGCGUAUUUGCAGCGCAAGAGAAGCACCAAAAAGAAGAAGAAAUUCAGCAGCAGCAAAAAACAGCGCAACAGCAACAGCAACAGCAGCAGCAACCACAGCAACAGCACACCAGCAACAGCAACAGCAGCUGGCACUGCAACAGGAGGAACAGCAACAGUUGUAGCUGCAACAGUUGGCAUGACGGCGGCAACAACAGCAGCUGCUGCUGCCGCUGUGGGCAGCCAGAAGAGAAAGGCUCGCAAGGAGAGCAUUACGCGUCGCGAUGUCAGCGCUAUCGAGCAGGAGGUAGCCUCCAUAUUGCCGCUGACCAUUAAUGGCUGUUAUUACUUUAAUGAAACGCGCGCCCAGCCCGCAACAACAACUGCAGCGGCAACUGUGUCAUCAGCAAUACCAACUGUUGCAACAGCAGCAACAGCAACUGUUGCCGCCUCGCCACUGUCCUCGUCUUCGUCGUCAACACUUUCUGCUUACGAGCAGAUCGGCUACGAUGUGACCACUACCUCAGAUCUACUCAUCCUGGCCGAAGUGGCCGCCCAUCGCACAGAGCUGACCAAAACCAACUAGCAGCAGCAACGACUGUAGAAGCAGAGCAACAGAUGUAGCAGCAACAACAACAACAACAACAGCAAUAGCUAUUGCAUAUGCAUCAAUUGUAGCAGCAACAUCUACUGCAACAGCAGCAACUGUUGCUGUAAGGACAGCAACCUCUUAACUGUUAAAUCAGGUCGCAGCAGAAGACAUUUUGUUGUGACUGUACUUAUGUAUAGUUAUACAUACGGCCAUUGACAACUAAUUAGAUACAACAACUUAAAUGGUUUUAUUUUGCAUAAAAUUUAAACAUUUUAGAUGCAACUUUAAAAAACAGAUCAGAGUUGUUGCUAAAGAGUUAAUAACGGCAUAAAUAUGUACAUUUAUAUAUGCAAUCGACUUAUGAACACGUCAAAUAUGUUCAAUAAUUCGCAUUACUUCAAAGCACAGUUUGACAUUCACUGCAGACUUGAAGUUUUAAAGUAAUAUUUAAAAUUCUGCUUCUAUUUUAGCUGAUUUCAUCACUGCGAACAGAAUAUUUUUUAGUCAUGGAAGUACGCUAAAAUGGAAACAAAAACUAGAUAAUCAAAAACGUAAAAAAUCAUAUUUGAAGUAAAUAUAAUAAAAUUCUAAUAAUUAAUUAAAUCAAUUAUAAAAGAAUAGUUGUUAGCUUCAAGCUGAAAACAUACAAAAAUCAAAAAAUAAAAAGAGAAAAAUGUAAUAAUGUAAUAUAUUAUAAUAUAUAAACGUUGUAUAAAUAUACUCCACACAUCAAUCAAUGUAAUAUAAGAUAUUAUCAAUUGUGGAGUAAUACACAUUUCUAUAAUGAUAUAAACAUAUUUCAAAUAUGUGAAUGAAACAAAUAGCACGUUUCUGGUUAGAUGUCAACUGCUGUAUAUAAAUAUAUAUAGUGACUGUUAUUGUUUUAUUUGCUUUGAUUAUAAUAAUGAUAAUGAUAAUGAUAAUGAUAAUGAUAAUGAUGAUAAAUACGUGCCUGUAGCUGUAAUUUGAAAGAAUGUGGAGAAUUAGAAGAGAGUAAAUAGACAUUCGUUGAUCUACAAUUUAGUCAAUAAUAUUAUGUAAACACACACACUCACACAUAUACAUACACACACCAUUAUCUAGGCACGCAACAUGUUAAAGCUAAAUGCAGAGCGCAAAAAUGAUGUAGAUCAAAUAUUUGUUUAUUUUUUUUUUACAAUUAUGUUCUGUUUUGUUAUUCGUCGCAUAGUUUGAAUAGAGUUGAAUAUAUUUUUCAUUUGAUUUGUUAA